UGUACAAACAUCUGCACUGCAGUUUUAUUUUCCGCCAGUAUCACAGAAUGGCCACCGUUAGGAGGUCCCGGUCUGGGCCGCUGGCGCAGUGUUAUUCCACCGACGUCAUCGUAGUUAGUCAGCCCGCAGCGGACGCUUUAUCCGCCGGCCCCUCCAUCAAACGUGACCGUUUCUCGUUCCGUAUAGGCGCAAUGCACCGGACCUCAGCCUCAAUGGGCAUCGACCUGGACAACGCAGAGUGGGAGAAGAAGGUGAUGAACUCUUGGCCCAAGAUGUGCACUUUCGUGGUGCGCGAAAUACUGCAGACGGAGAGAGCGUACAUUGCGUCGCUGGAGGAGAUAAUACUGGGGUACAUGAUGCCUCUUCACGGUUAUCUGCUAGCAAAGGGAGAAGGUCCAAACUUUAUCCACACUGUUUUUGGCAACAUCAACAAGCUGAGGCAACUUCACGAGGAACUGUUGGAUAAACUCCACACUGCAUGUGGAGACCCUCACGAGUUUGCUGAUGUCUUCAUUGAAACGGACUUUGAUCACUACAGGGAGUAUUGCAUUCACUACACAGAUGCCAACGAUUUCCUCCAGAAAUCCAUGAAUGAAAAUGAAAAGCUUAAAAUGUUCAUCACGCAAUGUCAAAAUGAUUUAGAGCAUGCUCUGCCCCUUCAUUCUCACCUAAUCAAGCCAGUGCAGCGGAUCCUCAAGUAUCAUCUAAUGCUCCGCGUAUGUUGUCUGCAUGGCCUGCACCCAGCACACUACGACGACUGGUUUUUGUUUAUAUAUGUGCAGGAAAUGUUAAAGUAUAUUGACAGUGAAGCAGUUAUAUACCAAGAUGUCAAGGAAGCACAUGGCAAAAUGAAAAGUGUGGCAGAGGAAAUCAACACAUCGUUCAAGAAAGAGAGAACCGAACAACUGGCAACUCCGUCCAGCAUUGCUCGCAGGAGAAGCAAAGAGAUAAAGUCUCUCCAGAAAAGCAGGUCAAGUCAGCGAAGUCCAAGUCCUGAAAAGGUGUUCGACCUGCAGCGCUCCAUGGAGUUUGAAGACAGUCUCGACAUUAUACGGGUCAACAUGAACUCGGUGAGACACGGGCCAACAAAGAGCGUCGGCUCUCGCAGGAGACAUCCGCGACCUCCACUCACCCAAUUCAUUGCAAUGUUUGAGUCAUCAAAACUGGCAGCACCUGCAGCAGGUGGAUUGUGUGCCCCCCUGCCUCCCAGUCGGCCCUCUCCUCCUCCAAAGGCCACGGCGCUCCACUCCCCCUCCCCCAAUCAGAGCCUGGCCCCUGACCAACGAGCUUUGCCAGGGCCGAGUAGCCCUUCCCAUGUGGACAGACCACUCAGCUCUAGCAGUGAGUCGUCAUCUGACGGCAGUAGUGGCAGAACAUCGUCUAGGGAACAUUCACCGUGCAUCAAGAACCCUAAACAGGUACGAAAGACGCCGCUUACUCUCAGGAAGAGUUUGCCCGUUGUUCAGAGGAGCAAGGCCCAGGCUCACGGUGAGAGAGGAGACCGCAAUUCCGUCUGUGACUCGGCACAUUCUCACUUGGUCGAGAGCCAGGCCCUGCUGGGGAACUCUGACAAGACGGGGGACAGUGGGACUGCCAAACCAUCCACAACUCCUGAACCGGUGAUUAAACCAGAGGGUGAAAGAACGACCAGUGCCUACUAUUCCACGGAAACCGCUGCCACCUCCACUCGUACCAUCAGCACCUGCCAGAGCCAAGAAGCCUGCCGUUCCACCAAAACAGGUUCUGCUCCCAGACAAGCCUGUAGUGCUGACCCGCACCACACUCAAGAAACCUCAACCACUGUCGCACACGACUCGACCCCGAAAAGCUGUCCCUGAUCCUCCCAUUAAGUUCCCAAGCAAGAGCCUCGAUAACCAGGAGAAGUUUGUCAUUGAUAUGAGCAAUGGCCAACCAGUGGUUUCCCUACCUCCAGUCCUCCAGCAGAGCCACCCACCUAGUCUCCCACCUGCCACCUUCUUCCCCUCCAUGCUCAAACCCAAGAGCUCACACGGUGGAAGUGGUGGGGCGGGCGUUCGUUCCUCGGUCCUCGCACGACAAGAACAGAUGAUAGAAGAGAUGAUCAGAAGCGGUGCGGGCAGCAGACAGGCCACCAACAGGAUGAAGCAGAACACUGCAGUGCCUGGAAACAGUGUCGCAGAGAGCAGUAGAAAGGUUCCGUUGAUGCCACCGCCGACAAAGAGUACAGACCAGAGAGGUGUUGCACCUCGCUCACCUACCACACAACAUAAGCUGAAUGUUGCACCGCCCACCUCCGCCUAACUGACACUGCUACUGUCACAUCUGUUAAAAUCCCAUUGAAAAUGGAAUUUGCUGACCCUUUCUUCCGUACAUCUGUUGUAUAUAUGCUCUGUGUGUGUGCUAGCGAUGGUGCGUCUUUCAUUAUUUUGAUCUCUCUCGCAAUCUGCUAUCUUUGUUUGAGAAUAUCAUUUUAACCUCUGUGCACAUACACGGA